AUGAAUGCGGACCAACGUCGUGAGUCAGCUGCCGCAAGGCCGCAGGAGCUAUCGCGCAAUCUGCUGCAACACCCUCCUUUGAGCCGUACGCUCGCGGAGGACACCAAGGCCGAGGGAAUGGUGGGCAAGCUUCCCCUCCUCUUUAAGAAGCUGAUGCCCAAGCCUGCCUAUGUGACAUUGCGGAGCUUCCAACAGCGACCUGACCCGGAGGGAGCUGUGGCGCCGCGUAUUGACCAAUGGUUAGAUCCGUGUCAGAGGCCAGCAUGUCUGGUGGAGUUCGGUUAUGAUAUCUCGUCGCCCAGGCGAGUGGACCGAGCGGAUCAUGAUUUUGUGGAUUGCGCCGUUGGUGAGCUAGGACCGCCAAUUGCUCAAGCUGACGCCCAGCCACGGACUUUCAUUGAGCUCACAGUGUCUUAA